UUUUUUUUUUUUUUUUUUUGUGAUAUGAUCACAAAAUACAUAUACAAGGAACAUAUCAGAGAAGCAGAGCUUUUUACUGGAAUUGUAAAUCAUCUUUCAUAAGCACUUUCAUUAACUUCAUGGUCAUUCAGCGUUAUUGACAAACUGCUGUGACCGGGUCCUAAACUGCACUGAACUUGGCCUCGGUUGUGCUCAGAUUGCUUGGCUUUGACCCGAAGAUAGUUAGCUUGAUCUGCUCUUCCUCUGCACAGGGUCCGAUUAGGGUGUUCUUCUUCGACUCGGGAGUGCCGACUAUACGGUACUCUCAGUCAAUCGGUACUCACUAUUUCCUUUGAUAACAGAACAGGCGCUCAUGUUUACUACAAAAGGGGGCACAAAGAAGCAAGAAGAGCAAAAAUCAUGGACUGGACUUGGAGCUUCCCUGUUUGGUCCCUUAUCAUCUUUUCACCAACAUUGCUCCUACUCCUUCUCCUCCACCGGCAUAAGUCCUCCUCCAAUCGGCUUCCUCCAGGACCACCAGGAUGGCCAGUUUUCGGUCACCUGUUCAGUCUUGGAGCCAUGCCACACAGAACCCUUGCAGGGCUCAAAAAACAAUAUGGCCAUGUUAUUUGGCUAAAUCUAGGUUCCAUAAACACCAUGGUGGUCCUAUCGGCUAAGGCCGCCACGGAGUUGUUCAAGAGCCAUGAUCUCUCCUUCGUUGAUCGUACCACCAAGUGCACCAUGCAGUCACAUGGCUACGACAAGGCAUCAUUGGCUCUGGCUCCAUACGGCACUUAUUGGCGGGUGUUGAAGCGGCUAUGCACGGUGGAAAUGUUGGUUAGCAAAAGGAUCAAUGAAACGGUGUCCAUCCGGCGAAAAUGUGUCGAUGACAUGCUGUUGUGGAUAGAAAAGGAGGCUCAUGUAGUGGCGGAAGCGCGUGGUGGGGUUCAUGUGGCACGCUUUGUGUUCCUGACAUCGUUUAACCUGCUUGGGAACCUCAUGUUGUCGCGUGAUUUGGUGGAUCCGCAAUCCAAAGUAGGAUCAGAGUUCCUUUCGGUCAUUACCACCCUAAUGCAGUGGAGCGGUCAUCCAAACAUCUCGGACUUGUUUCCAUGGCUUAGAUGCCUAGACCUGCAGGGUUUGAGAAGGAAGAUGGACAGAGACCUCGGAAAUGCACUGAAAAUAGCUUCCGGGUUUGUGAAGGAGCGCAUGAAAGAAAGGCAGGAGGGCACAGAAAGGAAGAAGGACUUCUUGGAUGUGUUGCUGGAAUUUGACGGCAGUGGAAAAGAUGAACUAUCUAAACUAUCGGAUCACCAAAUCAACACAUUCAUAUUGGAAAUAUUUUUGGCCGGCUCAGAAACGACUAGCAGCACCACAGAAUGGGCAAUGACGGAGCUUCUAUGCAAUCCCAAAUCAAUGAGCAAGGUUAAAGAUGAGCUUGCUAAGGUUGUUGGACCAAACAGGAAAUUCGAAGAGAGUGAUAUUGAGAACCUGCCAUAUUUGCAAGCUGUGGUGAAGGAAACACUGCGUUUACACCCUCCGAUUCCAUUUCUAGUCCCUCGAAAGGCGAUUGAGGACACUGACUUCAUGGGGUAUCACAUACCCAAAAACACACAAGUGUUUGUGAAUGUUUGGGCCAUUGGAAGAGAUGAGGAAUGUUGGGAUGACCCUUUCUCAUUCAAGCCUGAGAGAUUCUUGGGCUCAAAAGUUGAGUACAAGGGGCAACACCAUGAGUUUAUACCGUUUGGUUCUGGGCGAAGGAUGUGUGCAGGUGUUCCGUUAGCUCAUCGCAUGUUGCACCUUGUUUUGGGCUCUUUACUUCAUGAAUUCGAUUGGGAGCUUGAUGGUCAUGUCACUCCUGAGACCAUGGACAUGAAGGACAGGUUGGGAGUGACUGUGCGGAAACUGGAACCACUAAAAGCAGUACCAAGAAAGGGUAAGGUUGAAUAAAGAAACUAUAAUGAUUUUAAAUCCGAAGAGCUUGAAGGAAAUGAAAAAGACAUGGAAGAUUUCAUAUCACUGGUAUACACUAAACUAAAAAUAAUAUGGAGAUUCUUUUGUUCCUCAUUUCCUUUGAACUCUUUGACAUUAAUAUCGUUACUUGUGAAGAAAUUAGCGAUCAUGAAGAGGUUUUAGUUUGCUUGGAAGACUCUUGCGCAUUAGACACUUGAUGCAAGCCUUUUUGUCUCUGCUCUUCGAGUGCAUUAUACUUUUUCUCUAUCUAUUUUUGUUGGAUUUAUUUGCUUAAAUGCAUACGUGUAUGCUUGUAUGUAAAAAUGCUUUGUUUGAUGUCUUCCUAUUUUGAUACAUUUGUAAGCAUAUUCUACUAUAUUAUUAAGACAUUAGGCAAUUUAAUUACAAAUACUGAAUUUUGUGAGUUGGAGAUACUUUGAAGACUCUUGAAUUCCUUUCUAUCCAAAUUUCAUAGACGGAUGCUAGGAGUGCCUGCUUGUUGAUGGCGUUCGCGAUAUUCUUUGAGAACCACUGAUGUGAAGCCCAGAAGAUGAAAUCAUUCCAUGAUGAUCGAGUGUAGAAUCUGCAAGUAUUUUGAAUAUGAGACCACAUCGGAGAUGUGAAUGAACACGAGAAAAAAAGAUAGGUUCAGAAAUUCCUUGGACGAGAGGCACAGAGAGCAGUGGUUAGGUAUAUGUAUGUAGGCCAUGGAUUUGUGGUUGAGGGUGGGUAACUUGAGGACAACCAAUCAUAGGAUGACUUACCAUCUGGGGGAUGCCUGCCAAGUGUAUGAAUGAAUUCCCAAGAGAGGUGGGGGAAGCAAUUGCAGGCUGGGAAGCAUUUGUAGAAUUCGGUUGUAUGGAAUUGGAAUUUGUAA